GCGCAGAGAAUGACUCCAACAAGAGGACUAAUCCCUUCAAGACACUGCAGAUGGGCUUCACUGUGGAUGCUGCUCUUUCAGCUCGGUUCACAUUACGGUGCUACAGAAGACCGGCAGCAGAGAGCAUACAGAGUUGGAGACACAGUUCAUCUGGAGCUGAGACAAAAUAUAUCUGCUUCAGAGAUGGAUGAUGUGCAGUGGAAGUUUAACAACCAGAUUAUUAGCAAAAAACGAAACAUAACCCAUCAGAAUAAGGAAAAAUACCGCAUAUUCAGAAAUGGUGCACUUCAAAUUCACGAUGGAAGAAAGACAGGCUCAGGAAAUUACUCUGUGAUCAUAUAUAACAGAACAGGACAUCAUAUUACAGAAGAAGAGACUCUCCUCACCUUCCUCGAGCCUGUUUCAGGGAUCAGGGUUUGGAGGUCCUGUUCUGAGAGCAGAAACAUCACCAUAACCUGCAGCGUGGAGACCGGAGACGACGUCCAGUUCCUUUGGACUUGGACGUUGAACGGAACCAAUCAGAGCAUGAAAUCAUCCCCAAAAUCAGAAGAACACACCAGUCACAUCCAGUUUGAGGAUGAUGUUCCUGAAGAGCUCAUGUGUGAGGCAUCUAAUGCUGUAAGCGAGAUCAGAACCAAAGCUCUACUGUGCAGAGGGUAUUGGUCAACGUUGGCAGCGUCGGUUCUUUUCCUGAACGUUGUGUUGUGGGUGGGAUUUGUGACUGUGACCAGAAAGAUGAGGACAGAUGAAAAAGUUACUGAGGAGAACAUUUACCUGGAAAUGCGUGGAUUUAUGAAGAACAUAACUCCACCUGAACAGUCUAGAACUUCACCCCCGGAGAACUCGACUUACGUGAAUUUGAAGUGAUUCAGUGAUUCACUCAGUGAAGAGCCGCACUGUAGAUGUUUUCAGGCCUCUGCAGCAGAAGAGCUCAGCAGAAUUGGACGCGGAGGACAUAUACGUGUUAUGAUAUGCAUAUGACAUUAUCAUCACUUUGUGUAUUAUUAGAGAUGUAGAUCGUUCAGUCAGUUCUCCUGUCUGAGUGGGCUGGUUAUUAAUAUUAUCAAUAUGAAUUCUGAUGUAUUAUAUAUUGCUGGCAUGUUUGAACUGUAUAAGCAUGUCUAUGUAGUCUGUAUUUAUAGCUGCUGUUCCUUCAGACCCGGAGAUAAAAGAGGUGCUGCUUAUUUAUUCAUUAUGUUUGAUUUUAUCUGCAACUGGCUUUGUGCUUUAUUAUUUAUACAGGGUGUGUAGGUGUGUGUGUAUGUGUGUGUGUGUGUGUGUGUGUGUGUGUGUGUGUGUGUGUGUGUGUGUGUACAUAUAUAUGUCUUAUCAUCGUCCAGAAAAAAAAGUAUCUCUAUUUUUAAGGAUUUUUAUUUUCCUGUGUCAUGUAACCACAACAGCGGGUCUUUACAUUAUUGGGAAUGGGCCAAUGAAAUGCUUUAAAUUUGCCUGGAAUAAAAUCUCCUUCGUUUAACUUACAUUAAAGGUGGAGAAAGUUUA